CCUCCACAAUUUACUCUCUCUAGCUCACUUCAUCCAUCACAAUAAAGUUUCAAUUGUACUUGGUUUCUCCUCUUACAUGAGCAUUACGAUGAAAGUUCAAGUUCAAGAUUCUUCAUCUCCGACCGGAGUUCUUGAAGAGUUCUUCAGAACAGAAGAGUUUGGUAGCAGCUCCUCGGAGACGGUGAAGAACCCUUCUCGUUUCGGCAAGUUGGUUCAGCUUUUGAGAAGCAGAUCCAAGAAGUCUCUUGAAAACUUCAAGAUUCCAUUUCAAGAAAGUGGAGUUAUCAAGAACUCUUUAAGAAGAUGCAGUAGCAUGAGGGAGAGUUUCAGAUUUGGUUCCAAUGAUUCUCACUUUCUUCUACACUCUCCUAGAAGAAUCUUUACCUUCUCUGACCUCAAGUCUGCUACAAACAAUUUUGCUGUAGAGAAUCUAAUUGGGAAAGGAGGUUAUGCUGAAGUUUACAAAGGGACGUUACCAAAUGGACAAAUGGUAGCGAUAAAACGGUUAAUGCGAGGAAACAGUGAAGAGAUCAUUGUGGAUUUUCUAUCGGAGAUGGGAAUAAUGGCACAUGUUAACCAUCCAAACAUAGCUAAGCUUUUAGGCUAUGGGGUUGAAGGAGGAAUGCAUCUUGUUCUUGAGUUAUCACCUCAUGGCAGCUUAGCUUCUAUGCUUUAUAGCUCCAAGGAGAAGAUGAAAUGGAGCAUUAGGUACAAGAUAGCAUUAGGAGUUGCAGAAGGUUUGGUGUAUCUUCAUAGAGGAUGUCACAGGAGAAUCAUACAUAGAGAUAUUAAGGCUGCAAACAUUCUUCUUACACAUGAUUUUUCGCCUCAGAUAUGUGACUUUGGCCUUGCGAAGUGGCUACCUGAACAUUGGACACACCAUAUUGUUUCCAAGUUUGAGGGUACAUUCGGAUAUCUUGCUCCAGAGUACUUGACACAUGGAAUAGUAGAUGAAAAGACCGAUGUUUUUGCCUUGGGUGUACUUUUACUAGAACUAGUUACUGGACGAAGAGCUCUAGAUUACUCCAAGCAAAGUCUUGUUUUAUGGGCUAAACCAUUGAUGAAGAAGAACAAAAUAAGAGAGCUGAUCGAUCCAUCGCUGGCGGGAGAUUACGAGUGGAGGCAGAUAAAACUUGUGCUUUUGGCUGCUGCGUUAUCAAUCCAACAAUCAUCAAUAGAGAGGCCAGGGAUGAGUCAGGUGGUUGAAAUCCUCAAAGGCAACUUGAAAGAUCUCAAGUGCAUCAUGAAAUGCAAAGUCCCCUUUUAUAGGAAAGCUUUCAGAGAUGAGUCUGGCAAGUGAGAUUAGGAGCAUUUUAGCAAAUCUAUGAAGCUGAAGCACUUAUCUCCCACGUACGAAGUAUAUUUUUUGUGAAAAAAAAACAAAGAAAAAGGUAGAUAAGGGGAGAGAUCACUAGAGCCUAGAGGGCUCUUGUCAUUUUUGGGGAUAAAUAAGUAUCCCUCUCGUCAACAAUAAGAUGUUAAGAUCUUUGUGAUUUUUGUGUAUUUAUUAGAUAUA